AUGAUUGAUAUGAUGGAGAAUAACAGCGUUAUCAUAGCCUUACUGGACUUAAAGCUACAAGACGAUGAUGGAAGUUUGAAGUCAGUACUGAAUCUGCCAGUGGAGGUCCUGAAACGGUAUUGUCACUUGGAUCAAGUGGCAGAUUUCGCCAAUCUCACCCUAUUUAUUUAUAAUUCAAAUAAUACAGUGCCAUCUACACAAUUAAGUGAAAACACUAUCCCAUACUCAGUUAAACUGCUGUUAUCGUUUCUUUUUGUACUUGUUGGAUUUAUUGGUUUGAUUGGUAACAUGCUCACAGUACUUGUUAUUUAUAAGGUCAGUUUGAUUAUUUCGCAUUAG